AUGCCUGUCGCUGUACCCAAGGUCCCAACCGCGCCUGGCGGUAUCAAAUCGUACUACCAGGCAAAGAUUGAAGCGGCGGAGAUCACGAUAAACGAGAAGACUCAGAAUCUCAGGCGGCUCGAAGCGCAAAGGAAUGCUUUGAAUGCACGCGUACGGCUACUCAGGGAGGAACUCCAACUUUUACAUGAACCUGGCAGCUAUGUUGGUGAAGUGGUCAAGGUUAUGGGCAAGACCAAAGUUCUCGUCAAAGUGCAGCCCGAGGGCAAAUAUAUCGUUGAUAUCGACUCCGAAAUCGACGUCAACUCAUUAACACCUACCCUCCGUAUUGCCUUGCGCUCAGACUCGUAUCAAAUUCACAAAAUCCUGCCUAACAAGGUAGAUCCUCUAGUUUCCUUGAUGAUGGUGGAGAAAGUGCCGGAUAGCACAUACGAGAUGGUUGGCGGACUCGACAAACAAAUCAAAGAGAUCAAGGAGGUUAUUGAGCUGCCCGUGAAGCACCCAGAACUAUUCGAGGCGCUCGGUAUCGCGCAACCGAAAGGAGUCCUACUCUAUGGACCACCUGGAACGGGAAAGACUCUUCUUGCGCGUGCGGUUGCCCAUCAUACCGACUGCAAAUUCAUUCGUGUCAGUGGCAGCGAGCUGGUGCAAAAAUACAUCGGUGAGGGAAGUCGCAUGGUGCGCGAGCUGUUCGUUAUGGCCCGUGAACAUGCACCGAGUAUCAUCUUCAUGGACGAAAUCGACUCGAUUGGAAGCUCGCGCGGGGAGAGUGGAAGCGGUGGUGGAGACUCGGAAGUACAACGGACAAUGUUGGAGUUGUUAAAUCAACUUGACGGGUUCGAGCCGACAAAGAACAUCAAGGUCAUCAUGGCCACAAAUCGAAUAGAUAUUCUCGACUCUGCUCUCCUGCGGCCUGGUCGGAUAGAUCGUAAAAUUGAAUUCCCACCGCCAGGUCCUGAAGCCCGUGUUGCUAUUCUGCGCAUCCAUUCGCGGAAGAUGUCUCUGCAACGUGGAAUCAAUUUGAGAGCUCUGGCAGAGAAAAUGGGGCAAUGUUCUGGUGCUGAAGUCCGUGGUAUUUGCACUGAAGCAGGAAUGUACGCUUUGCGAGAAAGACGACAACAUGUUACGCAGGAGGACUUUGAGUUUGCGGUAGCCAAGGUCCUGAAGAAGAACCAGGACGGCAACACUUCUGUAAACAAACUGUUCUCGUAG